AUGGAGAGGAAUUACCCGGGAACUGGAUUCGGUGAUUUGGGCGCAGGAGCAGGAUGGAGUUACGAGAGAUCGGCAAAAGCAAGUCUUGUUUAUGGGAGUUCAAGAUCAUCCCAUCCUGAGUCGGAGCUUCUUCAUAGACAAGCCUAUGCCACCCCACACCCUCUGCAGGGCUAUGCCACCAAUCACCACCCAGGGAGCUCUGGACAAGGCGGGGCUUGGGGAGCAGCUGGACGGAGUUUGGGUCUGUCCGGGCUCUUCGACACCGGCCUGCACCAUGCAAGCCCCUCAGCCCCCGAUGCCUCCGUCAUGAACCUAAUUUCAGCCUUGGAGUCGCGGGGUCCCCAGCCUCCACCUUCUGCAUCUUCCCUUCUUUCUCAGUUCCGCACACCUUCCUGGCAGACUGCAAUGCACACGCCUGCUCCUGCGGAACUAUUCAUCUCUGGAGCUCUUCCUGGUUCUGGCUCAUUCCCCUCCUCCUCGGCUCUCUCAGCCUAUCAGCAUCCAGCAUCAUUCUCCAGUCGUUCCUUCCCGGCUGCCUCCCUUUCCCUUCAGGACACGCCCACAUUUAGCCCCACAUCCAACGGUCUGCUCUCCCCCCACGAUCCUCUCCUACACAUCAAGGCCCCUUCACAGUCCAGCUUGGGUUUUGACAGACUCCUGUCAUCGCAGGGUGCUGCUGCAGCUGCCUACAGGGGCAGCCAAGAUCCAACAGGUGCCACGUCUGCCCAGGCCUCCUCUGCCAGACACCUGCAGUCACACCAGUUCAAUUUACUGUCAUCUCAGCUUCAAGACCAGUCCUCCCAGCUGUAUAAUGCAUCAGUAUUCUCUUCAGCCCAGGCUCAAUCCCAGUCCCAGUCCCAGUCCAACUCUGCUCAGGAGCGGGCCGUACCACGACAGGACAGCGUCAUCAAGCACUACCAGAGGCCAACCCCUUCACAGUCCCAACUCUCUUCAUCUGCUGCUCAUUCUUUGCAGCACUACCUCAACUGUGGAGGAGCUGGAUACCAGCAGAUUGCCACCCACCACAGACAUGCAGGCCUUUCUUGCAGCCCUCUGGGCUAUGGUUCCCCUGUGCCACCUGUGAAGACUCCCACUUCUGCACUAACAGGUCAGACACCACCACAACAACAGGCUCAGUCAUACUCCCCUGGUCAGCCUCCCACUUCACACUUAGGAUACCCUGACACCAGAAACCCAAGCUCCCAGUCCCAGUCCUAUCACAACACCUCAUCCAAGACCAAGACCGACACUUCAAUGCUUGGUGUGGGGAACCAGAGAUCCCAAGAAGAGGUUGAUGAUGAUGAGGAGUUUUUGAUUCAACAUUUGCUGCAAGCCCAGGCAAGUUCUUCCCCUCAGACAUCUCACCACCAUUCUCAGCAACAACAGCAACAGCCGUCCCAACAAAGCCAGCCUCCGUCCCAGGCAGUUCCCUCAACCACUGACGCAAACAAGGGCCUGAGCUAUGACAUGAGUAAGAGCUCAGAAGAGAGAUACCACCCCCAGAGUGUCAUUCGCACACACAGUGCUACAUCCAGCAGUGGAGCAGCGUCUGGAGCAUCCAUCUCAGGCCUGGACUCAGAGUUAGAGAUGUCAUUGAAGAAGCAGCAGCACCAUCACCAACAGCAGCAGCAGCAGCAGAGGAGUGAGAGGUCUGUGGGGAGCAGCCGGAGUAGCGGCAGAGGCAGCAAUGAGCAGGUUCACUCACAUCUCCAUCAUCAUGAGAGUCUCAGUUCCGUAGUCCACUACGGCCGUGGUGACCCCUACUCUCAGCACUCGCUCGCUGCCCAGCACACGUCACAUAAUCAGCACGUCUCCUCACACUCUCAGCUUCCUCACUCCCAAAUGGAUCUUCAGAAGAAAUCACAGGAGCGCAGUGAAAUAUCCUACCCAAGAAAAACUCCUGAAGUCCAGCAGCAGCAUUCUCAGUCUCAAGGAUCUCUUAUCGACUCCCCCACAGAUCAGUCACGGCAGCCGCCCCACCUUCUCCAAUCUGUGCUCUCGCACACGACCCGCAACAAGCUUGAACCCCAUCAGCAACAUCAUAAAAUGGACUCUCACAGGCAGCACCCCCAGCACCACAAGAUGGACACCCAUCAGUCACUUCAGCAGCAUGCAAAACUUGACUCUCAUUCUCAGCACCAACCACACUCAAAGAUGGAGCCAAUUCAGCAUCAGCAUCACAAGAUGGACUCUCACUCUCAACAGCAGCACUCUAUUAGCCAACAGCAGGCUGCACUUGAGAGCGCUGCUGGAAGACUGGGCUCUUCCAAACACCAGGCGCCGUCCCAGUCACAGACCACUCAGCUCCAGCUUCAGCUCCAGUCCCAGGCUUUGGAGGUAGCAGCGGCUCAUUACAACCAUGGCCCGCCUCCUCAUCAGCACGAGCAGAGCCAGGUGAAGCAGAGUUCUGUAGUGUCGUCUUUAGACAUGCUGGAGCGCUCCCUGUCUCAGACGUCCAACACAGACGUAGAGGACAGAAGAGGAGGAGGCAGUGGGGGACGAAGCAGUGGGAACAGUGAGCGACAACAGAGGCAGCUCCCGACUCACCACCAUUCCACCUCUGAGCUGCACUCAUUCCUGUCUGAGCCGGACAUUGGUCUGUCAACCCCUUCUCACAUGCACCACCUGUCACAGCACCACUCCCAAACGCAGCAGCACCAACACCCCCAUCACUCACACCCCCAGGCUUCACAUUCACACCAUAUUCCUCCCUCAGCCUCAGGCCACUCUCAGGGAGAGCAGGCUCCCCUCUCUGCUCAGCUCACUCCCCAACAAAGCCAGUUAGACCAACAGCGCUCAGAACAGCAUCAGUUUGACACAGUCAGCCCAGUGGAAAAAGCAGAUCAAAACCAACAAAGUAACCGCUUUGUUCCGCUCACAUCCAUCUGCUUUCCUGACUCUCUGCUUCAGGAUGAGGACCGCUCCUUUUUCCCUGGGAUGGAGGAUAUGUUUUGUGCUGAAGACUACAAGUCGAGUUGUGCCGGAGGAGCAGGACCAGGACAGGGGGAGAUGAAUGAAAGCCAUGCAGGUCCAGAGGCUAUUGAAUCUAUGAAAGCGGCCCAAAGUACUGCAGCAUCAGGAGCAGGGAGCACGGGCAGCUAUGAUAUGAUGGGUCACCAUGGAAACCAGGGUUAUGAACCAUACUGCCAUGGCUUGGAGGAGCCCAGUAACAACACCAUGACUCUGGACUUGGACUCUUUGAAAACCCAUGAGCUCCCCUCCACCGUCAACACGGAGCAGCUUGGUCUGAUUCAGUCUCAGCCUCCAGCUCUGGGGAUGGGCUCUAAUAAUGCUGGACCCAACAGCACUGGAGGGAAGAUGACCACGGGACCAGGAGGGACUAAUUCUAGUACUGGCUCAGGGGGCCUGCAGUCUCCAAUUUUCUGUUCAUCCCGCCCCAAGAAACUUCUUAAGUCCAGCUCUUUCCACUUGUUAAAAGAACGACGUGACCCUAAUACGCUACCUAAAAAAAGUUAUGCACAGGAAUAUGAGUUUGAGGAUGAUGAGGACAAGGCUGAUCAACCGGCAGAUAUCCGCUUAAAUAGCAGGAGACUUCCAGACCUUCUUCCUGACUUGGUGUCAAGCUGCAGAAAGUCAGGAGCAGGUGGCUCUCUCAGUCCUUUGAUGGGAGAUAUGGACUUUUAUCAUUCAUCUGGCUACUCAUCUAUUGGUUCACACUCUCUCAUGCCUCAAGAGGGUCCAAAGAAAAGGGGUCGAAAGCCUACCAGACCCAAGAGGGAAGGACCCCCACGACCAAGAGGUAGACCCCGCAUCCGGCCAAUGCCCGAGCCGUACACACCGCGUGGGAUGCUGAAUGAGAUGAGUGGGUCAGUGGGAGCUGGAGCAGGAGCAGGGUUCAGUGUAGAAGGCAGAGGCAGGGGGCGAGGCCGCGGCGGGCGAGGACGAGGAGGACGAAGAGAGGACAUGUUCAUCGAAAUGAGCUCAAAACAGGAGCACCUGCACCACCACCAGCUCCAUCCGCAGCAACAGCAGCUGCAUCAACAGCCACAGCAUGAACCCAUCCCACCUCUGAAGAUUAAAUUACCAAUUGGUACAAUGUCCUCGUCGGAUUCCCUGCUCAGGACAGAUUCUUUGUCUGGUACUGAUCCUGGUAUGUCUGAUGGAUCAGUCGGCUCAGCCCCCUCUCUGGGUCUAAGCCCUGGACCACAGUGCAGCGCCGACAGCUCUAGAAAUCAUGAGAAGAACAAGCAUAAGAGCCACAUGAUGAGUGAGAUGAUGAGUGAGACGGUGGAUGAAGAAAGCUUGGGAGAGAGGGGUGAUGACAAAGAUUCCAAGGCAGGCUUUGUUGCUUCAUUUUUGGACUUUCUUAAAACCGGGAAGAGACCUCCAGGCUUGGAUAUUUCCCCUGGAAUGGAACAUGAUAAUGGUGAAGGUUCUCCAUGUAAACUUGGGGGUCUGCGCCCUCUAUCACCUGCUCCUCCACCACCACUACCGCCUCCUCCCUUUGGGGAUGGUGAGGGCAAUGGAGGCCUGGCCCUGGGCAGCUGCCCGAGCCCCAAGCGUUUGGAGGACGAGUUGAAGAGGAACUUGGAGACACUUCCAUCGUUCUCCUCUGAUGAGGAGGACUCUGUGGGCAAGAACCAGGACCUGCAGAAGAGCAUCUCCUCUGCCAUCUCUGCUCUGUACGACACUCCUCAGCUGACCACCAUGCAGGCGCCUUUGCCGUCUCCUCCUCAAACACAGGCCACACAGGAUCCUCUCACCCCCAGCUUGCCCCCACCAGCCCUGAGCCCACAGCCACUGCAUACUCCACAUACGCAGCCACAGUCCAAUGAACAAGAUGUCAUGCAGGCUGAGGAGCUGGAGAUGGAGAACAGGGAGAACGAGCAAAGAAGCCCAGCUGGGCUCCAAGAUGGAGACAUGAUGGAGGAAAGAGCGUCCCGGCUCCAGACUCUUGGUGGCCCAAAGAAUGAAGGAUCUCUCCCUGAAGUCCCCGCUGCUCCAGCGACUCCUGAAUGCCCCUCUCCUCCCCCCAGCCCCGCAUCAUCCUCCUCCCCCUCCCACUCCCCCCUGCCCCCCCUGUCUCUCCCCUCUCCGCCUGCAGUGGCUGAAGUCCUGCAGCAGAGCGCCGAGCCUCUUCCGUUAGUUUCACUUCCAUCACCUGCUGCUGCUCCCCCACAGCCCUCCUCCUCCCCCCCACACCCUCCAGCUCCUCCCGUCCCCCUUUCACAAACUCCCCCACCUGGGCCUGCCACUCAGAAGGAGUCCCCACACCCUUCUCCAGAGUCCCCCGCCUCCCCUGAAGAGCGGCCCCCGCCCAAGAUCACUUCACUGCACCUGGCGCAGAAGCAGGAAGACGCCGCCAUCGCUGGCGAGAGCGAGGAGGACGAGAGCGAGAGCGGCGGUGAGGGGAUCUUCAGGGAGCGCGACGAGUUUGUGGUACGAGUGGAAGACAUCCGCACGCUCAAGCUGGCCCUGCAGACGGGCCGCGAACCCCCUCCCAUCUGGAGAGUACAGAAAGCACUGCUCCAAAAGUUCAGCCCAGAGAUCAAAGACGGUCAACGGCAGUUCUGUGCCACAAGCAACUAUCUUGGAUAUUUUGGAGACGCAAAGAGGCGGUACCAGCGAAUAUAUGUCAAGUUUUUGGAGAAUGUUAACAAGAAGGACUAUGUCAGAGUGUGCUCCCGCAGACCGUGGCGCAGGACGACACCUCUCAGAAGACAGAGCCUUCCCAGGAUGGCGUCGCCUCCUACAGUACAGCCCCCGCCCAGAGCCCCGGAGAAAGAGGAGAGAAUGGCGCCACCUGUCCUACGUGAACUACCGGAAAAGGCCAAAACGCCGACCCCUCCCACGUCCGCCCCGACAACUGUGACCACAACCACCACCAAGGAGCCCAGGGAGCGCAAGGACGUCCCUGCUCCAGCUGUGCCUAAAGCCAAGGAGAAGGAGAAAGUGAGGGAGGCCGAGAAAGAGAAAAGCGCGCUACUGGACAAGGCGGACAAACGUGUCGUGGAUCGGGGGAAAGUGAAAGAGGAGAGGAAACCCGUGGAAAGAAAGGAGAAGGCCGAGCGCCCGCCUAAGUCCAAACCGGUCAAAGUGAAAGCAGAACCUCCGCCCAAAAAGAGGAAAAAAUGGCUGAAGGAGGUGGCUUCAUCGUCCGACUCCGAGUCCUCUGAAGAUGCGGCCAGCGAGAACGAAAUGCCUGUGAAAGGAGGCGUCAAUAACCGUUCCAUGAGGGAAAUGUUCCGGAGCUACGUGGAGAUGCUGGUGAGCACCGCCCUGGACCCGGACAUGAUCCAAGCUCUGGAGGACACAGACGAUGAGCUGUACCUUCCCCCCAUGAGGAAGAUCGACAGCAUCCUCAGUGAACAGAAGCGGAGGUUGUUGAGGAGAGUCAACAUGAGUUCCCAGCAGCAGGAGAUUCUGCACGCGUACCCUCAGAUCAUCGUGGAUCCCCUGGACCCUGGAGUCGUGAGGGUGCGGCUCAGUGGAGACGCGUACAACCGCAAGACCCUGAAUCGAGUCAAGAAGACCCUGCCUAAACCACAGGACCUGAAACUCUCCUCUGAGUCGUACCGGAAAUACAGCCUCUACCACUCCCUCCAUCACUAUAAAUACCACACUUUCUUACAAUGCAAGAAGGAGACGAACACCAUCGAGCAGGCGGCUGAGGACCCCGGCCAGGAGGAGGUGGUGCAGCAGUGUAUGGCCAACCAGAGCUGGCUGGAUACUCUCUUCUCCUCCUUCAUCGAUCUGCUCACACUCAGCACCAAAGCUUGA